AUGGCAGUAAAAUGCUUUUCUCGUGCUACACAGCUGGAUCCAAAGUUUGCCUACGCUUUUACUCUACAAGGUCAUGAACAUGUGGCAAAUGAAGAGUUCGACAAGGCUACGACAGCCUAUCGCAACGCCAUCAGCGCAGAUAACAGACAUUACAACGGUUGGUAUGGUCUCGGCAACGUCUAUGAGCGCCUGGGCAAAUACGAGGUAGCUGAGAAGCAUUAUCGGGCAGCGGCCGAAAUCAACCAGAACAACGCCAUGAUCCUUGUUCGAAUUGGUCUUGUUCUGGACCGCAUGAAGAAAAUCGAGCCCGCAUUAUUGCAAUUCGAGAACGCCAUCAGAAUCGACCCACGCUCAGUCAUGGCUCGUUUCCGCAAGUCGCAGGUCCUGCUCAAGCUCAACGCGCCGCAAGAAGCUCUCAAGGAGCUACUGUAUCUCAAAGACGCUGCGCCAGACGAUCCAAACAUCCAUUUCCUGCUGGGUAGAUGUUACAAGAAACUGCGCGAUCGCUCCAGCGCAAUCCGCCAUCUCACCAUUGCCAUGAAUCUGGAUCCAAAGAGUCACGGGGUUAUCAAAGAGGUCAUGGAGAGUAUUGAUCAAGACGACGACGGAGGAUGGAGUAGUGAAGAUGAGCAUUGA